GCCUCUAUGUUCAAGGAAGGAACACCGCUUCAUACAUACACUGUUGUUAGCGACGCAGCCACUACAGCCUAUUCCGUUGCUGACAUUUCCAUUCGAUAGCACUUCUCUAAACUUUACUUUUCCUGACAUCGCUGGCUGGAUCCUCAUGUAGAGGAGCGCCGGUAGAGAUCGGUCGCGCUGGUGUUUGAAGUUGUUGUUGGAGGCAGCCGCUCGAGCUCCUUUGAGCAUGAGUAUACGAUGAAGAGACGAGUGGAGGACCAGGAAGUGAUAUUUGCUCCCCAGCAGCAGCAUCCACAUCGCACCCCAGUUCAAGGCCUUGCAGAAAACAUUCAGCACCGGGCCCUCGCCCCAGCCCUCACUGGGAUAGAGGUGGCUGCAGAUAGCAUGCAGCCAUCAACUGGCAUUCAGUAUUCUCUCCCACAGGGAUACCAGGUGCCUACCAUGCCUCAGAGCACAAGUGGGCAUGGACAUGGACACAACAGCACUGCACCCUAUGUUGGUCCCCAUGUACACAACCUUGCAGUCCAACAACAGGUCUCUGCAGUUGUUCAAGGCCAUGUCCAUCCAUCUGCACCCAUCACAUCUACGCCAGGGCAGCAGCAGCAGUUUCAGCGACUGAAGGUUGAAGAUGCCUUGUCGUACUUGGAUCAAGUGAAACUGCAGUUUGGAAAUCAACCCCAAGUUUACAAUGAUUUCCUUGAUAUAAUGAAAGAAUUCAAAUCACAAAGCAUAGACACUCCAGGAGUCAUCAACCGUGUCUCCCAGCUCUUUAAGGGCCACCCAGACCUCAUUAUGGGUUUUAACACUUUCUUGCCACCGGGAUACAAGAUCGAAGUUCAAACCAACGAUCUGGUUAAUGUAACCACACCGGGGCAGAUCCACUACAUCACCCCGCAUGGUAUCUCUGUUCAGAACAUACCUGUAACCGGGGCGCCCAGUCAGCCUCCAACCCACCCCCAGCCGCAGAGUCUGCCCCAAACUGGCUUACACACAACCACGACCCCUCCUGUUGCCACCCAGCCUACUGCUAACAAAAUCAGCAAGCCUGUCCAGUCUCCGGCCCAUACACCGACCAGCCAGCCCAAUCCAUCCAUCCCAUCUUAUGCCUCGCCACGCUCGCCCUCGGUGCAACCGCACACCCCUGUCAGCAGCACGCCAUCCAGCGGGCCACCCCUCCAAAACAACCAGCCAGUGGAGUUCAACCAUGCCAUCAAUUAUGUCAACAAGAUCAAAAACCGCUUCCAGGGCCAGCCAGACAUCUACAAGGCCUUUCUGGAGAUCUUGCACACAUACCAGAAGGAGCAACGAAAUGCUAAAGAAGCAGGAGGUAAUUACACCCCAGCACUGACUGAACAAGAGGUUUACACUCAAGUGGCCAGACUUUUCAAGAACCAGGAGGACUUACUGUCGGAGUUUGGUCAGUUCCUGCCUGACGCCAACAAUUCUGUGUUACUAAACAAGACUGCACCAGACAGAGCCGAGUCUGUCCGCAAUGAUCACGGCGGUACAGUUAAGAGAUCCCUGCUGAACAAUAAACAGAGGCUGAGUCAGAACGGCUUGCCAAUCAAGAGACCUGCUGGAAUGAGUGCCACGCCCCCAAUCAAGAAGAAGCCUAAAAUGAUGGGGAAGGACCACAGCCUGACUGAAUUGGGCAAAAUCAGCACCAGCACUGAAACCAUGUUCUUUGAGAAGGUGAAGAAGGCUCUACGAAGUGCGGAGGGGUACGAAAACUUCCUGCGUUGUCUGUACAUCUUCAACCAGGAAGUGAUUUCUCGCACUGAGCUGGUCCAGUUGGUUAUUCCAUUUCUUGGAAAAUUCCCGGAGCUUUUCACAUGGUUUAAGAACUUCUUGGGCUACCGAGAGUCCAGCUAUGGAGAGACGAGCCACGCAGAGAGUUUACCUAAAGAGCGGUCCACAGAGGGGAUCGCCAUGGAGAUCGACUAUGCUUCAUGCAAGAGGCUGGGGUCCAGUUACAGAGCACUACCCAAGAGCUACCAGCAGCCCAAGUGCACUGGAAGAACGCCACUAUGCAGAGAGGUUCUGAAUGAUACAUGGGUGUCUUUUCCAUCGUGGUCUGAGGAUUCCACCUUUGUGAGCUCCAAGAAGACUCAGUACGAGGAGCACAUUUACAGAUGUGAAGAUGACCGCUUUGAGCUGGAUAUUGUGCUGGAAACCAACCUCGCCACAAUAAGAGUCCUCGAGACUGUGCAAAGGAAGUUAUCUCGCAUGUCGGCUGAAGAGCAGCUGCGCUUCAGGCUAGACAACACACUGGGUGGUUCCUCAGAGGUCAUUCACCGAAAAGCUAUCCAGAGGAUAUAUGGAGACAAAGCCCAUGACAUCAUUGACGGGCUCAAGAGAAACCCGGCGGUGUCCGUCCCUAUAGUGCUAAAGAGGUUAAAAAUGAAGGAGGAGGAGUGGAGGGAAGCCCAGAGAGGCUUUAACAAAAUCUGGCGGGAGCAAAAUGAAAAGUACUACCUGAAGUCGCUCGACCAUCAAGGCAUAAACUUCAAGCAGAACGACACCAAGAUGCUGCGCUCCAAGACUUUGCUUAACGAAAUUGAGAUUUUAUAUGACGAGCGCCAGGAACGAACAUCAGAGGAAACGGGGACACAGCCUCCGAGCAGCCCGCACAUGACCUUCACCUACGACGACAGUCAAAUCCUGGAAGACGCCGCCGCUCUGAUCAUCCAUCACGUCAAGAGACAAGUGGGCAUCCAGAAAGAAGACAAGUUCAAGAUCAAACAGAUAAUCCACCACUUCAUCCCCGACCUGCUGUUCGCGCGGCGCGGAGAGCUCUCUGAUGUGGAGGAGGAAGAGGAGGAGGAGGAGGACGACGCAGAGAUGGACGAGGGCGGCCCCAAGAAGCACAACGGCCUGUCGGGCAGGAGCCCCGUCAAGUCCAAGCUGCUGUUCAGCAACACUACAGCCCAGAAGCUUCGGGGCACAGACGAUGCCUAUAAUUUGUUCUUCGUCAACAACUACUGGUACGUCUUCUUCCGCCUCCAUCACAUUCUCUGCUCCCGCUUGCUGAGAAUCUACGGGCAAGCAGAGAAGCAGAUCGAGGAGGACGCCCGCGAGCGGGAGUGGGAAAAGGAAGUAUUGGGGCUGAAAAAGGACAAGAAUGAAAACCCAGCAAUCCAACUGAAGAUGAAGGAGCCAGUGGACGUCGAGGUGGAGGACUAUUACUCCGUGUUUCUGGAAAUGGUGCGGAAUCUCCUGGAUGGGAACAUGGAGCCAGCCCAGUAUGAGGACUCCCUUAGGGAGAUGUUUACCAUCCAUGCCUACGUUGCCUUCACCAUGGAUAAACUCAUUCAGAAUAUUGUCCGGCAGCUCCAGCACCUUGUUACUGAUGACGUGUGCAGCCGUGUGAUGGACAUGUACCUGAGUGAAUGUGCCAAUAAAGGCACAGGGGGCACACUGUCCUCACAGACAUCCAGAGCCACAGCAGAGGGGGGCUACCAGCGCAAGGCAGAGCAGCUCAUGUCAGACGAGAACUGCUUCAAGGUUAUGUUUGUGAAGAAAGAAGGAACAGUCAGUCUGGCACUGGAGCUGCUGGACACAGAGGAGGAGAACUCCGACGAGCCAGCAGAUGCUCAGAGGUGGUCAGACUACAUGGGCAGAUACCUCACCUCAGAUUCUGCAUCCCCAGAGUUACGGGAACACUUAGCCCAGAAGCCGGUGUUCCUCCCCAGGAAUUUAAGACAGAUCCGGAAGUGCCAGAAAGGAUGGGAGCAGAUGCAGCAGGAGAGGCUGUCCAAGAGUUCCUCAAACAAGCCACAGGAGGGCAGCAGCGAGCUGAACAUGGAGUGCAUGUUCAAACUGAACUCCUACAAGAUGGUCUACGUCUGCAAAUCUGAGGACUGCAUGUACAGGCACACAGCACUCACCAGAGCUCAUCAGUCCCACCAGCAGGUGAACACGCGUCUGCACAGGCGCUUCCAGACCUGGCUGGACGGCUGGGUCAAGGAGCACGUGACGAGCGAAAUGGCUGCAGACAACCACAAGUGGCUGAUGGGAGACCAACAAGAAGGACUUUUGUCGUGCACCACCACUCGCUGCCCCGAAGUGCUCCAUUAUCUUAACGUCAACAAGUAUCGGGUGAAGUACAGGACGCUGUAGGACAAAACUGUCAAGCCUGACGUUUUUUUGUUUUUGUUUCCUGUUGCUGUAUUUAGUUGCCAAAUUCUUGUUGGUGGUCCAUCCUUAUUUUAAAAAAAUGAUUCAUUUAUGAUUUUACAACCUACGUAGACUAAAGUUCCCCAUUUGAGCCCUUUUCAAAGGACAAGUGUACAUAAGUUAAAGGGAGAAAAAGCUACUCGAGUGUUAUUCAUGGUUUCAACAAGUUCCACUUUUUCAGAAACCACUUCAGGAAGAAUCUCAAGGACGCCUCCGAAUUUUACAGGGAGAGAAAAGACCUCUGUAACAAGUGCCCAGUGCUUCAGUUAAAACCAACCCGUACACACUUCAAUGGGACUUGUAUCUGUAAACUUGUACAGCCUGUGAAUGUUCUCACACGUACUUCUACGAUGGUGUGGUAGAUGCUUGGCAUUCGUACAAUGCCAAAUCUGUGCGUCCAGUACAAUAAUUUAUAACUGCCCGAACCAUUGGUGUAAAUAUGUUUAUAUUUAGUUUUUUUAUCAGGUGUCAUUGAUGUGUAGCAGACAUUAACACGUAUAACCUUUACCCAGAAGACUUUUAAAAAACUUUUAACUUUUUUUUUAACCAAAGGAAGAUGCUCAGAAACCAUGUUUUUUCUUUUCUUAUUUAUGAUCUGUGUUUGUUUUGUAGAAGAGUUGUUUAUUUUUAUGUGAUUGGGUUCCCGUCUGUGCAUUUCUACCUUCAGGCGUCAGCAGCACACAUGCUGAUUGAAUGUAGCUGAGCAGCCAUUUCUCCUCACACAGCCCCAAGAUUUCCUGCUUCUUUUUCUCUCCAGAAUCAGUAUCAUCAUUUGUUGAUAUUUCAACGUCUCACCCAAGAUUUUGUCUGCAAGUCUGUGCGGUUCUUAUGGCCGAUGGUGAAGUGAGUGGAAGGAUGUCAGCCAUAGUUGAAGGGAGUUUGGAGGUUCCUUUAAGGGUUAAAAACGAGCAAUAAUCCCUCGAGUUACAGUUUAUGGUUUGUCUCGCUGGAACACAAAUGUGAAUGUUGGUGCCCUAAACGGGGGGUUUUCUUUUCCUCCCACUAAUCGCUGGACAGGAUUUUACAAAUGUUUUGUGACAAACAUUGACCAGAAGCAAACGCACACAUCAGCAGGUCCCUCAAAGGUUUCACUCCAGGCAGCGACACAAGCGGCUGCAGACAAUCCUGAAACGGUUUAAUACUUGGGUUUUUAUUUUUAUAUUUACUGUGUUUAAUAGAGAAGAAACACACGCAGGCUUCCCCCGGGGAGCUGAUGUACAUACAGAUACUGUUUGUACCUUGUUUAUUGUGUCACUUCCGGACUUUUACAUCGUUGUAUAUGAGUGUUAUGGUGUUUGGCAUUAAACUAUCCUUUGAGUAGACA